AAGUUAGAUUAGUUACAGUGAAAAACAUACUGUAUGGUACACAGAAUGAGCAAGCAGCAGCAGGGUGUAGUAAACACGUGACGUCACACAGCUGACUGGUGACACACGGACCAAACUUCCGACAUUUCACUUCACCUCUCCUCACAAUAACCAUGCAUGGCCGGCUGAAGAUUAAGACAACAGCUGAGCAAGCAGCAGAGAAGAAAAAGGAACGGGAAGAGAAACAGAAACUUUACCUUGCAGGACUAUCAAAGGUGUUUGAAAAGCGAGCCUCAGAGACCUACGAUGAGGAGUGCCUCAAGACCACAGCACAACUGUUGGCUGCCAACCCUGAUGCUACUACACUUUGGAACAUCCGUCGGGAGGCACUACUUGCCGGGAAGAGUGAGAAUGAAGAGCUGUGGUCAGAGGUGUUACAGGGUGAGCUAAAGAUGAUAGUGGCUUGUCUUGGGAAAAACCAUAAGAGUUAUGGUGCAUGGCAUCAUCGCUGCUGGGUGAUGGAAAACUUCCCCAACCCACCGUGGGCUGAUGAGGUCAAGCUUUGUGAUAGCUACCUCAAGCUGGAUGAGAGGAACUUCCAUUGCUGGGAUUAUCGGAGAUUUGUGGUAGCUGGCAGUAAACAGCAGCCUGAGGAUGAGCUGAAGGCUUCUCAGCAGCUGAUUGAACACAAUUUAAGCAACUAUUCAGCUUGGCACUACCGCUCUAAGCUUCUGCCUUUAGUCCAUCCACCCCCGGCCACUUCACCACACCCUGUUGCAGAGCAGGCCCUCAUCAAGGAGCUGCAAAUGGUGGUAGAGGCUGUAUUUACUGAUCCAUCAGACCAGAGUCCCUGGUUCUUUUUACGAUGGCUAGUUGGCAGGCAAGAGAAGGGACCAAGGCUGCUUCAGGUUGGAUACAUACAUACACAAGGAGAGGCAGGAAAAUUGGUGUGUGUAUUCUCCCAACCCGUGCCACAGAGUGCUGUGCCUGAGACAACAGUGGAUUUAGUGAAUAGUGGAGCCCCUCUGUGCUGGGGGGCCCCAGACAAGAGUGUGUACUCACGUGUUUGGGCUGCAGACUUGGCCCUUCCUUUGGAUAAAGAACAUAGUAUCACUCUGAGCCUCACUAGCCAGCCCACCAGAAGCCUCGUGGUGGGUGAAGGAGCAGCUCGAGCCUUGGAGUGGGUGGCAAACAUGGAGGAAUGUGGAGAGGAGCUAUCAGACACCACCCGCUCAACGCUGGAAGAAGUAAAGGAGAACUGCACCACCCUUGAUGAGUUGGAUCCUGACAACAAGUGGGUGAUGCUGACACUAGUCCAUGUCCUGUGGGCACUGGACUCCCGAGCUCACUUGCCUGCCAUCUUGCACUACCUGGCCCAGCUUCAGACCCUUGAUCCCCUCCGCCACAACUAUUACGCUGACAUGAAGAGCAAACUGGUGAUGGAGACAGCCCUCAGAAAGCACAGAGUCACUGAAGAAAAUGGAGAUAAAUUUCAUGUAUGCGGACAAGACCUCACACGGGUUACCCACAGCCAUCUGUUAGCAACCACGAAUUGUGUGGACCUUAGCAAUAAUAGCUUAUCUUCUAUUUCCUCCCUUUGUAAUUUGAUUGCAUGUAAAGAGCUGACUUUAGACCACAAUGAGAUUCAGAACCUGUCACCCCUAUCUACCUUAGCUGCCUUGCAACAUGUCUCUGUGGCUGGCAACAAAAUAUCAGACAUUAAGCACCUGUCCUGUCUGCAGUCACUGACAAACCUUAGACACCUCAACCUCAAGAAUAACCCUGUGUGUGAGGUAGAGGACAGUGAGACAUAUAUCAGAGAGCUUCUACCUGGCCUCCAGACACUCAUUUUGCGGUGAGAAAUACUUGGCCUUAUUAUUGAACAUCUUUCUUCGUUCAGCAAGGGUUUCUAUUUAAAACUUGUUUAUUUGGAUAUUGUACUCUGUUAUGCUAGUCUUUAUAUAAAGUUUUUGCAAGAAUACAACUUUUUUGGGUGAGGUUGAGGGCUACAAACAUUCUAACCUAGGAAGAUUUUCUUGCCAUUCAAGAAAGAAGCAGUAGAGAUUUUGUUAUAUUUUUUAUUUCUGAUUCUUAAAUGCCACCUUUCUGGUGUGGUAGUCACAUUAUUUUGCAUGCCAAUAUUUUGAGUGAAAUAGUAUUUAUGAUUGUUCAAGAAACUCAUUGUGAGGUCAUGUCCUCAUGAGGCAUAUAGUAAAUUAAAUCCUGGAUACCAGCAGCUGUUGUUGUAUAAUACUUAAGACUUGUUAUUCCAUACUUGCACACUUGUGCUUUAUGCAAAUAUCAAGCACAGUUAAAUAUAAAUAAAUAAAGGUUACUCUGUUAUUGGAGCUUGUGACAUCUACUGACCAAAUACACAUCAGUAGCUUGAGAUCUCCAGCUACAAAAACAAGAAUAAAGACAGGAGGUUGCUCUCCACUGGUUUGGAUUAUCAAAAGCUGAUCAAGUGGGGAUUGUUGAGCAAAUCCAAUACCAAUAAGUUGCAUUUAUAGUAAUAAAAAUUGAUAAAUUA